CUCACUGAUCGACGCAGCAACACAAACGCCAUCUUUAACCGACACAAGCAAACUGCUGAGGCAGAGUUGUGGAGAGAAACUAGGUCAGGCGCUCGGAAAACGAAAACACUUUAGAAAAACUUGCUUCGUGCGUUUCUUGUCGGUAUCUACCAGCCUCCCGACACACCGUGCUGUCGUAUGGUCCAAUGUGUUGGAUCGGUCGGUCAGCUCCAACGCAGUUUUCUUGUGUAGGUCCCGGUUGACGUUGAGUCACAUUUUCUCAUUAAAAAACAGCGGACGGAGGUGAAAGCCAGGAUGAAACGAGGUGUGCAAGGGAGUGAGCAGGAGGACGGAGGUGGCACCAGUGGCGGGUCUCAGGAGACUCUUAAACGGUCCCGAAAGCAGCGGAGGGAGAAGGAUGUGACGGGGGAGGGAUCCCACUGGCAGUGCCUGCCACAGGAGAUCCUGCUCCACAUCUUCCAGUACCUCCCUCUACUGGAUAGGGCUUAUGCUUCUCAGGUGUGCCGGGGCUGGAACCAGGCCUUUCACAUGCCAGAGCUAUGGCGGUGCUUUGAGUUCGAGUUGAACCAGCCAGCUAGCUCCUACCUGAAGGCCACACACCCAGACCUAAUCAAACAGAUUAUCAAAAGGCACUCCAACCACCUGCAGUAUGUCAGCUUCAAGGUGGACAGCAGCAGAGAGUCUGCAGAGGCAGCAUGUGACAUCCUCUCUCAGCUUGUGAAUUGUUCUUUGAAAACAUUGGGGCUCAUUUCCACAGCCAGACCCAGCUUCAUGGAGCUGCCUAAGUCUCACUUCAUCUCAGCGCUGACGGUGGUUUUUGUCAACUCCAAAUCCCUGUCCUCACUGAAGAUCGAUGACACACCAGUGGACGACCCCUCCCUCAAAGUCCUGGUGGCCAAUAACAGCGACACCCUCAAACUGCUGAAAAUGAGCAGUUGCCCUCAUGUUUCACCUGCAGGCAUCCUGUGUGUGGCUGAUCAGUGCCACGGCCUUAGAGAACUGGCUCUCAACUAUCAUUUGCUGAGUGAUGAACUUCUCAUCGCUCUCUCCUCAGAGAAGCACGUUCACCUUGAGCACCUUCGCAUCGACGUGAUUAGCGAGAAUCCUGGCCAACAGUUCCACUCCAUCAAGAAGAGCAGCUGGGAUGCCAUGGUGCGCCACUCUCCUAAAUUCAAUCUGGUCAUGUACUUUUUCCUUUAUGAGGAUGAGUUUGGCCCUUUCUUCCGUGAUGAAAUCCCCGUCACGCAUCUGUACUUCGGCCGCUCUGUCAGUAAAGACGUGCUGGGCCGCGUUGGGCUCACCUGCCCGCGUCUGGUGGAGCUGGUGGUGUGCGCCAACGGGCUGCGACCGCUGGACGAAGAGCUGAUCCGCAUUGCCCAACGCUGCACGCAGCUGUCAGCCAUCGGCUUGGGAGAGUGCGAAGUGUCCUGCAGCGCUUUUGUGGAGUUUGUCAAGAUGUGUGGAGACAGACUGACACAGCUAUCCAUCAUGGAGGAUGUACUGGUUCCAGAUCACCGCUACGGGCUGGAUGAUAUCCACUGGGAGGUGUCAAAGCAUUUGGGUCGCGUGUGGUUCCCAGACAUGAUGCCUACCUGGUAGAGCUCUCCACGAGAAGAUUUAACUUGUGUCCAGGAUUUUGUUAGACAUAUGUGUGUGUGCGUGUGUCAUGUUUGGAGAGUUACGUUUUAUUAGGCAAGCCCCUCAUCUUUCUCCUGUUUUUGAGAAAGGCCCUGUCCCAGGCACUUUAUUUUUUUCCCCCAGAGUACGUAAAGAAAUUACAUCACUUUUGAGUAUUGAUGUGAUAAAACAUGUAAAUGAUUAUAAAUCUGCCGUGUACACAAUUUUUAUAUUUAUAUGUAUAUUUAUAUCUACAUUUAUUUGUCUUGUUGUCACUCAUAACAUGUAGCAUCUUGUUCUCUGAGCCCUUUCUUAAGGGCUACCACCUUGCAGAUUGGCCAGAUGUUGUGUUUCGGAGGUGACACUUUAACAGGAAUGUAUGGGAAUUACUGGGAGUUAUUUCACAUACAAAUGAAUUUUAUGCCUAUUAUGAGCGGGCGUACAAAUCCUUCUAAUAGAAAUCAGAAACCUUCCAGUUAAAGUUUAAAUUCCAGUGUAACUUGACAACCAGAUACAGUUAACAGAGUGCCAUCACCACACUGAAAGUAAAAUGAGGUCAGCCGGUGUGGAAAUCUAGAAAAAGUCACAGUUAUGACCAUUAAAAGCUAAUAAGUACUUAACUGUAGGAAGGUUUCUGAUGUUUUUCUUUCACUUUACAACCCAAGUGAUGACACAUUGUGACUGUACAAAAAUAAACACUUCAAGGUCGUUAUAGACAGGGUGGUUGAUCACAAGACUAGAGUCGUGUAGGUAAUAGCACAUCAGGAUUACACGUUGAAUACAUAUGUUUUUGUUUGGUUUUAGUGUCCUCUGCUCCUGCCUCCUGUCAUCGUGUCUCUAUGUGAUGUCUUUGAAUGUGUUUCUUAGUCACUGCAUCUCAUUGAAACAUGGAACUGUCUAUUUGUCUGUCCUCUAGUUUGAUAGGGACAAAGCUAAAGACAGUUCCAGCUCCCUUUUUUCUCUAAGGACAGCUAUUUGUGAAGGUAAUGCCUUUGGCCAUAAUCAUCAUAGUCUGUAUAUACUAUAUAGAUUGAAGAUAUUUUUGUGUGUAGUGUACAGUAGAUUUCUGCAUUGCCUGACCAAUGUUCAUUUUGUAAUUGUAAAUGAAUAGUAUGUUAAAUUUGUCAAGAAAUUGUGAGGGCGAAUCACAUCUCUGUACAUUUACUGAAUCCCACUGAUGCACUUUUACGCUAAUGAAGGAUCCAAGUUUAGCCAGAUGUCAUUAGGGCAUUAAAGUAAUUUAAAGUUAAAAAGUUAAAUUUAAAUUAAAGUAGUCUGUCAAUUAAAUGUAUUUAGUUUAAACUACCAAGGUAAUGUUUCACCUUUUGUAGGCGAGGCUUUUUAUGGAGUUAUCUGUUCUCAAACAUUUUAUAUUCUAAGAAAUGGAAUUUGCAGAUGCAGUUGAUUCACAAUUGACACAGAAUUCUGGGAAGUAAUUAAUAGUCUGUACAAUCAAUAGUUUACAUAAGAAAGAUAUAUUCUAGCUUAGCACUUGUAAAAUAUAUUUUAUAGGUAAAUAUAAAUGCUGUUAAAGGUUUGUUACCACCAGCAAUGUUUGUAAACGCAGCAGAGAACAAGCCCAUAUUUUCAAUUAUGAUCAGCUGACGGACACACAAAAUGGAUAUUUUCUAUCUUCAAGAAAAACUGAUUUUCUGUAUGUGAAUUCAGCUCAACCUUGUAUGGUAACAUAAUUAAGGACUGAGGAUUUAUUUGUUAGUACAGGGCUGCACAAUUAUGACCAAUGCUGUACUUUUUGCAAUAAAGAUUUUUACAACUCAAAUUGAUGGUGGUCCAUUAAAUUUAGUUCUCGAUCAUGUGCAUCUGUUGCAUGAAAACAUUGCCGCAGAAGCUCCGGUGCUUAUUUGGACGGAUGAUUGGAUCAUUGCAUCAUCAAUGUAGUUGAUAAAAAUAUAAAAAUCAUGAUCUCAGUGAGGUAGUUGUGCAGCCCUGAAGACCAGACAGUGUGGCAGCUGAAUGUUGAUGUAACUGAAUGUGUAAGAAUGAAAUAUUUAUGUCUCACUUGUUGUAGUGCAAUAGAGUGAAAGAAUGACUGUUGGAAGAUGUGUUCAGGUGGACUUACAAAGGAUGUUGUUUGCCUGUGCAAUGAAAGAUACUGAAUAAUUGGAUACUUGUUUUAUGGGGUUUUAAAGUCAUCCUUUUGUGUAUUUUGUUUGCAAAUUGAUUCAUUGAAGAAAUCUCUACUACACAUUAAUACUACUUCAGUUGUUGCCCUCUAAUAGGGACCUAUCAUGUCUUAAGGUUUCUGAAGGUCAGAAAGGCCAAUGGACUAUUGUAUAUUUAUAAAGCCCCACACUCUAUCAGCUGGUGUUAUUAACUGCAUUUGUAUUCAUUGCUUAUAGAUUCAUUUAGCAUUCAAUGGUAGGCUGAGUAAACGCUGCAGUUUUUAAAAUAUUGUAUUUUAGCUAAACAAGGCUAUAUUGUACUGAGAAGAUAUAAUGGAAGGUAACCUCUUGUACUUUCCAUAAAGAUAUGUAAUAUUUGAGUAAAGUUCAUAGCCAAAUUAACAAGGCCUGUUUGAAUAUGUAUUCCAUGUCUGAAUUAUUGACAUUGCUUUAAUCAGCUUGCUGUAGUGUUUUCUUGUUUCAAGACAAUACAGGAUUGAAGAGAGCUGA